AAGUUCAAAAUAUCUAACUUGGAAGAUAGGAAGAAGCAGAAAUAUGUGAAGUAUAAUGCAUAAUUUCCUGCAAAAACAGUAAGCAAUUCUGUAAGUUUUUGGAGCACUGUAACAAUAUUACAGUGUUGUGGGAAGUUCAUACGCGGCUUGCUGGGUAUAAGCUAAAUCAUGGUUUAAUGCCUUUGUUUCAAUGAAUGCAGACUUGUGCAAUGGAUUUUGAUGCUUCAGUAAAUGGAUUAUUAUGUGAAAUACAUAUUACAUAACCCUAAGAAUAUGUCUUCUGCAGCUGCCUGUUAUAGUUCUUCCCACACAAUAAUGGCCUCAUGUGUAUCAUCUGCCUCCUUGGGAUUAAACCCACAUAGCCUACAAUUGAAAUCCUCAGUUAAAACCUCAAAUCCCAUCUUCACUAAAACACCAUUGCAAGAUUUCUCUGAUUUAAGCAGACCCACAAUCAGUUGCAGUGAUAGCAGGAAGAUUAAGAGCAAAUAUUCACUGACACCCAGUUCAAAAUCAUGGGUUAAAUUCAGACUGAUACAAUGUAAAUCUAUGAAGAGUCCCAAUGGAUUUGGCCAGGUCCCAGAGAAGAGGUACAAAAAGAAAAAGAUUAAGACAAUUGAAUUGGAAGAAAAUGCUCAAGGGGAUGGAAUGAAUGCAAAGAUUGAUGAAGAUGAUGAGAUUCCAGAGGUUGUGUUCAACAGAAUAAUAAAAAGAAUUGGGUUUUAUGUGGUAGGACCCAUGAUGACAGGCUUCAUUUUGUUCCCAUUUUAUGAUUUUCUCAAUAGUGGUUUGAAGGUGGAUGUUCCAACAUGGAUUCCUAUUGUGACUGUGUUUUUCACAUUUGGGACAUCAGCUUUGGGCAUAAUGUAUGGAGCAGUCUCUGCAAGCUGGGACCCUGCAGUGGAAGGUUCUCUCCUUGGAUGGACAGAGGCUCAAAAGAAUUGGCCUGAAAUUUGGAAAUCAGAUCAAGGCCAGUCUACAGAUUGAAAACAAUUCAAUGUUUGGAAAAACCCAUUUCAUGUAAUGUAAAUGUAGUUCUCCUAAAAUAAAAUAAGUAGAAGUCCAUUAUAUAUCAA